CUCUUGUUCGAGAACAACUUUCUUUUGUAAUCCAACCUAUGAGCUUGCGUCAAUUUCACACCCUCUGCUCCAGCUAUUUCUUUGCCACCCGCUCAGUUUUUCUGCGUCGCUGCUCCAAACCUUCUUCACUCCCAGCACCCCUCAUCCAAACACGCACCAUGGCCGAAUGCCCCGCUCACGAGAGAGCCAAACGCGCCAACAUUGGCGGCGGCGGUACUCGCAACCGCGACUGGUGGCCCGAUGAGCUCAGGCUCAACAUCCUCCGUCAGCAGUCUCCUCUCACCAACCCGUACGGCAAGGACUUCAACUAUGCCGAGGAGUUCAAGAAGCUGGACUAUGCUGCCCUCAAGAAGGACCUCACCGCCCUCAUGACCGACUCUCAGGACUGGUGGCCUGCUGACUUCGGUCACUACGGUGGCCUCUUCAUUCGAAUGGCAUGGCAUAGUGCCGGCACCUACCGUGUCUUCGACGGCCGAGGCGGCGGUGGCGAAGGCCAACAGCGCUUCGCCCCGCUCAACUCGUGGCCCGACAACGUCUCACUCGACAAGGCUCGUCGCCUGCUGUGGCCCAUCAAGCAGAAGUACGGCAACAAGAUUUCGUGGGCCGACUUGAUCCUGCUCACAGGCAACGUUGCCCUCGAGUCCAUGGGCUUCAAGACCGUGGGCUUUGCCGGCGGUCGCCCGGACGUCUUCGAGGCCGACGAGUCUGUGUACUGGGGUGGCGAGACCACUUGGCUCGGCAACGAGGUCCGCUACUCGGACGGCAAGGCCGGCCUCUCUGCGUCCGGCACUGUAGGUGGCGACCAGAGCAAGAAGGAGCACACCGACAUCCAUUCGCGCGAGCUCGAGAAGCCACUCGCAGCCGCCCACAUGGGUCUCAUCUACGUCAACCCAGAGGGUCCGGACGGCAUUCCCGACCCAGUCGCUGCCGCACGCGACAUCCGCACAACCUUCGGCCGCAUGGGUAUGAAUGACGAGGAGACCGUCGCUCUUAUUGCCGGCGGCCACUCGUUCGGCAAGACCCACGGCGCUGCACCAUCAGAAAACGUCGGUCCCGAGCCAGCCGCUGCGGACCUGCACGAGCAGGGCUUGGGCUGGAGCAACAAGUACAAGUCUGGCAAGGGCCCAGACGCCAUCACGUCCGGUCUCGAGGUCACCUGGACUGCGACACCAACCCAGUGGAGCAUGAAAUACCUCGAGUACCUCUUCAAGUUCGACUGGGAGCUUGAGAAGUCGCCUGCGGGUGCCAACCAGUGGGUUGCGAAGACCAACGAGGAGAUCAUCCCCGAUGCGUUUGACCCCAACAAGAAGCGCAAGCCAACCAUGCUGACCACCGACCUGUCUCUGCGCUUCGACCCAACGUAUGAGAAGAUCUCUCGCCACUUCCUUGCCAACCCAGACCAGUUUGCCAGUGCCUUUGCCAAGGCCUGGUUCAAGCUCCUGCACCGUGACAUGGGCCCUCGCAGCCGCUGGCUUGGUCCAGAGAUUCCGCAGGAGGUCUACAUCUGGGAGGAUCCCGUCCCACCGCAGGAGGGUCCAGUCAUCGACGAGAAGGACAUUGCAGAACUCAAGAAGCAGAUCCUUGCCACAGGCAUCGAUCCCACCAAGCUGAUCUUGACAGCCUGGGCUGCAGCUUCCACCUUCCGCGGCGGUGAUAAGCGCGGCGGUGCCAACGGCGGUCGUAUCCGUCUCGCCCCUCAGAACAAGUGGCCGGUCAACAACCCACCACAGCUCGCAGAGGUCUUAGGCGCACUCGAGGCUAUCCAAGGCAAGUUUGGCAAGAAGGUUUCAAUCGCCGACCUUGUCGUCCUUGGCGGCGUUGCCGGCCUCGAGAAGGCUUCGGGUCUCCCUGUGCCGUUCACACCAGGGCGCACCGAUGCUUCAGCAGAGCAAACCGAUGUCGAGUCUUUUGGCUACCUCGAGCCGACUGCUGAUGCCUUCCGCAACUACGGCAAGAGCACUCCACGAGUCCGCACUGAGCAAUUCUUCGUGGACAAGGCCCAGCAGCUUACCUUGUCCGCCCCUGAGGCCACCGUCCUGCUUGGCGGUCUCCGGGCCCUCAAUGCCAACUACGACGGAUCGUCUCACGGCGUUUUCACAAAAACGCCAGGCAAGCUCACCAACGACUUCUUUGUCAACCUUCUUGACAUGGGCACGGCAUGGAAGGCCACUGACAGCUCGAACGAGCUGUAUGAAGGUGUCGACCGCAAGACUGGCGCAAAGAAAUGGACCGCAACGCGCUUCGAUCUCGUCAUUGGCAGCCAUGCCGAGCUGCGCGCCAUUGCCGAAGUUUACGCGCAGUCGGAUAACCAGGAGAAGUUUAAGCACGACUUCGUGGCCGUUUGGGACAAGGUCAUGAACCUGGAUCGGUUCGACACCAAGGCGGGCUCCAGCGCUGGAAAGGCCGUGCACAGUUUGAGUGAUUCAAGGAAACGCACAUUUUCCAAAGUAUAAAGAGAGAGAAAAAAAAUUAAGAGAAUAGCUGGGUGAAACUAGGGGCUGGGAAGAGAUGUAGAAUGGAAUGAAAUCGAGACAGGUGACGUGGAUGAUUUCGACACGGACAAGGUGGCUGAACUGGCAUGAUGAAUGCGAAACGCUCGGAUAUGUCCUUUGUUUACAGACGAACAAGGCGGCCGGUGAUGUUGUAUGCUCAGACGCAAAGUUGGUGUUUUCUAUGUAGCGCGCCUCUGCAGCAGGUUUGAUUUUUCUAUUCUCUACGUCGGGAAGACAAAAACAAAACCAUCACUUAAAAUACGAAGAAUUCAACGAGAAAUGGAGUCCGUAAGCAGUCUUGGCUCGCUUUCUAUCGUGAUUAUGCUUCAAAUGAAUAAUUGACAAAGAGAGAUAUGAGCACUAAAUUGGAUGGAUGGAACGAGGUUGAGUUAGUACGUCCUUCAAUCGCUCUAGACUGUACAAUCAAGACUCAGACUAGCUUCCACAGAGACUAGACACUGGGGAAAAGAAAGCAACAAUAAAAAGCUUGUGCCGCAGUAACCAUCCA